GGCUGAUUACAAAAUGGAGGGAAGUUUGACAUCAUGGCUUAAACUUUGACAAUUCACAAUAGCCAAAGUUGAAACUUGAAAAGUCUGGCCUAGAAGCUUGGAAAAGUGAUUUAUAUUGUAAAUAAAGAAGCAUUACAUUGAAUGAAUUUAAUCUUCAUUUCUAACAUAAUUAAACAAUCAGGAGGAAUAAAGAAGUUUGUGUAAUCUUUGAAUGUUAGUGUUUCCGAUGUAUCGGUGAUAUUGGUAAACAGACUUCACAAUGAGUGCGACUGCAUCAGCUGCGACAGCUUCAGUAGACGAGGAUUUAGACGAAUGUGGGCCACAACUCAUCAGCAAAUUAGAAGGAAAUGGGAUAACAUCAGGUGACAUCAAAAAGUUGGAAGAGGCUGGAUACCACACGGUUGAGUCCGUUGCAUACGCCCCUAAGAAAUGGCUCAUCACCAUAAAAGGCAUAUCAGAGGCGAAAGCUGACAAAAUACUAUCAGAAGCUUCUAAACUGGUCCCCAUGGGAUUCACAACAGCUACUGAAUUCCAUCAGAAAAGGGCUGAAAUAAUUCAACUGACAUCGGGUUCCAAGGAACUAGACAGAUUGUUGGGUGGAGGUAUAGAAACAGGAUCCAUUACUGAGAUAUUUGGGGAAUUCCGUACUGGGAAAACUCAAUUGUGUCACACACUAGCUGUGACCUGUCAGUUGCCAAUAGAGCAGUCAGGAGGAGAGGGUAAAUGCAUGUACAUCGACACGGAGGGUACGUUUCGUCCGGAGCGACUGCUGGCGGUCGCGGCGCGGUACGGCAUGGAGGGCGCCGCCGUGCUCGACAAUGUCGCGUAUGCUCGAGCUUACAACACAGACCACCAGACACAACUGCUUGUUCAGGCAUGCGCUAUGAUGGCCGAGUCUAGAUACUCACUAUUGAUAGUGGACAGUGCUACAGCUUUAUACAGAACGGACUACUCAGGCCGCGGAGAAUUAAAUUCCAGACAAUUGCAUCUUGGACGAUUCAUGAGAAUGUUGCUUCGUCUCGCUGAUGAGUUCGGCGUGGCAGUAAUAAUAACGAAUCAAGUUGUGGCGCAAGUAGACGCGGUGGGCGUGUUCAAUGCAGACACUAAGAAGCCGAUUGGUGGACACAUCAUUGCGCACGCGUCGACUACUCGCCUGUAUUUGAGAAAAGGGCGGGGCGAUAACAGAGUGUGUAAAAUAUAUGAUAGUCCAUGCUUGCCCGAGACGGAGGCCAUGUUUGCUAUAAGUGCAGAGGGCGUUACUGAUGCUAAGGAAUAAUUUGUGACAGUGGAAAUGGAUUUGAAUUUUAGAUCUUUCGUGUUUCCUUUUGGGAUCAUAUUCCAGUAAUAGAUUGUACAGUAUAUAAUAAAACUUUUAUUUUCAUCAGACUGGUUUUUCAGAAUGGCAUUUGUAAUAUUUAUGUCGUCGAAAGAAAUAUCAACAAAACUGGCAUACAAAUCCACAGUUAGGGCAUUUAUGAUAAGUACACGUGUAAUACGAAUACCAAUAAGUACCUUAAGGCACUUGUUUCAUCGCCGACGCAACCCUUUGAAAUUGAGUGAUGAUGUUGAGUGCAACCAACUAACAGGAUACGAAUCUCGGCUCAAGACGGCCAUGACUGGGCGUGGAUUGAAACAUCAGUGAUUUUGGCAUGAGCGAACUAACAACUAUUCGAUACCAUCAUUCAUUGGCACUCGGAACGUAACUAUUGAGUCUUUCCUAACCGAAUUUCGGCCACGACGGCCGAUCUCAGUGGAGAUCAGCCAGCUAUGCAGGAGAUAUUAUAGUGCUCAAGUGUGUGCGCAAUAUACAGAUGCAUUCUCUGAUCCUUCACUCUCAUAGUUCAGUGAGGCGGUAAUCCAACAAAACCGGAAGAUCAGGCGCAGGACCAACGGCUUUAGUGUUUCGCGAGACCGAAGCUAUUAGAAGGGUCGUGAGGACGAAACAGCUCUCGUGUGAUAGCUCUUGUCGUGUAGUUAUAAAUGUAUCUUAUUCACACAAAAUCUAAAUCUAUUUUAAGUCGAGUCAUCAAAUAGUCGAUAGUACGUCGCUUCCUCGUUGCCGGUGAGACAAGUCCCUAAAUAAUUAAGUUUUACAAGUAAAUUUAUUGUAGCUACUUUUAACAUGAUAAAUGAUUUCAGUUAAUCACUAACUCGCGAAUGUAUUGUAAAUAAGUUGGUUGAAAUAAAACACAUUUUUAUUUA